UUUGGGGGUGUGGUCGUCCGAGAUAUAAAAAAACUUGUCUUUCUUCGAUCUCUACUGAGGUGAGUAUUAAGAGGGGGAUGUCAGUGAGUAGUCUGUUUGAUAAUGCUCUUCACACUGUGAUGAGGGAUUUCCCCCUCCACGAGCACCAGCUGUAUGCACUUCCUCGGAGUGUCAAGACCAAACUGAUGAUGUCUGUCACAAAGAGAGGCAUCUUCUCAGAAAGAAACAUGGCUUCUCUUCUCCAUGAAGACAUAAUUGAUGUGGACUUGAGUGAAUGUGUUGUUAGUGAGAAGAUGCUCCAUUUCAUAUCGUUAGUAUGUACAAGACUGAGGAAGCUAUCCCUUAGCUCCCCACACGGCUGUCGGCACAAUCUAACAUCAAGAGCUUUUUCCAGCCUCUUCACUCGCUGCAAUAGACUAACAGUUCUCAACACCCGAUGUUGCACACUAUUUGAUGACUCUGCAGUUUUCACCCUCACACAAACUAACUCAUUCCUCGUUUCACUCUGUCUGUCUGGAUGUCACAUGAUCACUGACCAAAGUUUAGUAGCGAUUGCCCACAAGUCCAAAUACCUGAAAGUGCUGGACCUCACCAAGACUAAGAUUACGAGUGAUGGUCUAAGAGCCAUCAGUUCGGGGGUCUGUGGAAAAGUGCUUAAGGAGCUAAACAUAAGCCAUUGUCUCAACGUGACUGAUGACGGUGUGCAGUGUCUGGUGCAGCACUGUCCCAGACUCACUAUCCUGGUAACACACUCGUGUCCACAGCUCACUCACAAGUCUAGAGACACUCUCAGUACACUGGGACUCAAGCAGCUAACAUGGACUGUGUAUCUCUAGCAAAGCAAUUCAUCAUCUAUAUAUAGAGACAUUGUACUGAUAGUUCUCAUUUAUGCACUGUGUCAUUAUAAUUAUUCCUUCAGUAUGAUAAUUAUUAGGAGUGAGUUUAUGAAAUUGAUGUGAAGAUGCAAAUUAUAGGCUCAACUCCCUAUAAAUUCAAUACAGACACAAAGCUACACGUAUACAAAAUGAUCAUAAUUAUUACAACUCAUCGUCCCUAUGAGUCAAUGUUCCAUGAGACAACACUGACGGAUGUAUGGCCCACACAGUGGGUCUAUCACAGUGGGGAUCAUGACUUCCACAGAACUGGUUAAAUGUGCUCUCAGUGGAGAAGCCCAUCAACUGACGAUCCUCCCGAAUACGAAAUGAGAAGGUUGAUUCAGACGUACC